AUGAAUGCCUCAGAGACAACCACUCUUCCUCUCCCUCUAUGGACCUUCUGGGUUAACUCCAGCUCUGCAUCCCAUCACCCCAACAUCACGGAGAGCCCCUCCCUGAUUAAACCCAAAGCCUGCGAGCAGCUGAACAUCGCCACUGAGGUCUUUCUCAUCCUGGGAAUCAUCAGUCUGCUGGAGAACAUACUGGUCAUAUGUGCCAUUGUAAAGAACAAGAACCUUCACUCGCCCAUGUAUUUCUUUGUGUGCAGCCUGGCCGUUGCGGACAUGCUGGUGAGCGUCUCCAAUGCGUGGGAGACCAUCGUGAUCUAUCUGCUGACCAACAGGCAGCUGGUGGUGGACGACCACUUUAUCCGGCAGAUGGACAACGUCUUCGACUCCAUGAUCUGCAUCUCAGUGGUGGCCUCAAUGUGUAGCUUGCUGGCCAUCGCUGUGGAUCGUUACGUGACGAUCUUCUACGCCCUGCGUUACCACAACAUCAUGACGGUGCGUCGGGCGGCGCUUAUCAUCGCCGGCAUCUGGACGUUCUGCACCGGCUGCGGCAUCGUCUUCAUCAUCUACUCGGACACCACGCCAGUGAUCGUGUGCCUCGUCUCCAUGUUCUUCAUCAUGCUGGCCCUCAUGGCCUCUCUCUACAGCCACAUGUUCAUGCUGGCGCGCUCGCACGUCAAACGCAUCGCCGCGUUGCCGGGAUACAACUCCAUCCACCAGCGAGCCAGCAUGAAAGCGGCCAUCACACUCACCAUACUGCUGGGCAUCUUCAUCGUGUGCUGGGCGCCUUUCUUCCUGCAUCUAAUCCUCAUGAUCUCCUGCCCCCGAAACCUGUACUGCGUCUGCUUCAUGUCUCACUUUAACAUGUACCUCAUCCUCAUCAUGUGUAACUCUGUCAUUGAUCCCCUUAUCUACGCCUUCAGAAGCCAAGAGAUGAGGAAGACCUUCAAGGAGAUCAUCUGCUGCUGCAGCCUCCGCAACAUCGUCAGCAUGUCAAAGUAG